CUUUCAUCUAUCUCCUGACUGUGCAUCUGAGAACUGAUAAUGUAUCACUAAGGGUUAAAGUACAUUGAAGAACUUUACACAGUAUUAGAAGACAUGGAGGCUGGAAGUUUGUCUGUGAUUGGGGAACAGAAUGAUUCAUUGAAAGAAAUUCUAGAUCAGGUACAUGAGAAAGUUAAUGUGCUGCAAUAUCCUCUAAAACGUCGGAACCGCAGGACAAGAAUUGAUCCUGUCAAAAUGCCUAGAACCCUUCCUGUAGAAGUUCCAUUUCCAGGGAGGACAACUGGAAACCUGCAGCUUUCUAAAAAUAUAUGUGGAAACUUGCUGAAUUCUGGGCUCAUUUUUGGAUUAUCCAAUAGCGGAGAAAACCCAGGGUCAUCUGUUUUAAUAAAGGGGAGCUCAUAUAUCUGCAUUGAGUGUGGACAGACAUUUUCUCACGAGAUGACGUUUCUACAGCAUCAGAAAGGGCACAAUUCUCUAAACAUGGACACAAACAUAAUGGUUGCUGCAGGUAGUCGUGGUUUUAAUAGUAACACUAAGGUUAAAUCUUUAGACCAGAAGAGGACAGGACGAGAGUUUAUAUGUACAGAGUGUGGAAAGACAUUUAUUGGAAAGUCUAAUCUUAUUGUUCAUCAAAGGACACAUACCGGGGAGAAACCAUAUGGGUGUAUUUUUUGUGGUAAACACUUUGGAAGAAGCUCAGUACUUAGGAAGCAUGAGAGAAUUCACACAGGAGAAAAGCCAUAUACAUGUCUGUAUUGUGGCAAACAGUUCAGUCAGAACUCUGGGUUGAAGAAUCAUGAGAGAAUUCAUACAGGAGAGAAACCUUAUGCUUGCAUAGAGUGUGGGCGAAGGUUCAGCCAGAGCGCUGACCUUAUGGUUCACUACAGAACCCACACUGGAGAGAAACCAUUUAUAUGCAUUGAGUGUGGUAACAGCUUUAUACGUAGCUCAGACCUUGUCAUACACCAAAGAACUCACUCGGGCAUUAAGCCUUUCUCAUGCAAUGAGUGUGGCAAAAGCUUUAGCCAGAGAUCUCAGAUUAUAAGACACAGAAGAACUCACACAGGUGAGAGACCGUUCUCCUGUGAUGUGUGCACAAAAAGCUUUAUUCUCAGCUCAGAACUUAAGAAGCAUCAUAGAGUACAUACAGGGGAGAAGCCCUACAAGUGUAAAGAGUGUGGCAAAACCUUCCGCCACUGCUCCAAUAUGAGCCGGCAUCAAAAGAUGCAUGCAGAGGUUGAGGUUCUUGUACGGUGAGUUCAGAUCAGCAACAGAGUCCAUUUCUUUCAAUAGAGGGUUAUUUGUUUAUUAAUAAAAUACUGUUUUUAUUUUCACUUUUCCAGGGUUUAAAUGUGUA